AUGAGUGAAAAUGACAAACACCCUGAAAAGGAUAGUGAAAGCGGUGGGUUCUCGGUAUUAGACGUGGUUAGAGUUAUUGGAGGCAUUCUCUUUUUCAAUGCUUUACUUUCGUAUUAUUUCACUUCAUCUACAACGUGGGGCUAUGAAAGUAGAUGGAAAGAUGUUGGAUAUUUAAAAUUUAAGUUUAUGAACGGUGCAACCCACCUUACCUUUACUGAGGAUGAACUUGCAUUGUACAACGGGACAGACCCAUCACUUCCCAUUUAUAUUGGAAUAUAUGGGAAAGUCUACGAUGUAUCCAAUUCAAGACUGACAUAUGGACCUGGUGGAUCGUACGCAUUUUUCAGCGGUAAAGAUGGUGCACGGGCAUUUGUCACAGGUUGUUUUAACAAGGAGGAUGAGUUCACUCACGAUUUAAGAGGCUUAGAUAUUGAAGAAGCGAUGAGUGAUAUCUCUGGUUGGCAACGCUUUUACGGAAACCAUUUGAGAUAUUGGUAUGUUGGGGAAGUAAUACAUACCAAAAUAAUUGGUGAACCACCGGAGUAUUGUGAAGGAAUGAAAUUUCCAGGAACUUGA